AUGUCGUCGUCGUCGUCGUCGUUCUCCGGUCACGUCGACGCGCGGUUCGCGGACGACCUGGGCGACCCGAACGCGGUGACGAUCACGAUCGACCUCCCGGACCCCGUCGGCGCGAAGACGAUGCGUCGCGCCGCGGACGAGCCAUUGGAGAAGGCGCUGACGCGGCUGAGGGCGACCAUCGACAAGGCGAAGCGCGCGCGAAACUCGAAGGGAAUCUCCGCGUCGUCCGGCGGAGGAGACGAGUCCGCGCCGCCGCCGACGCUCGCGGAGUCCGCCGCGAGCGACGCCCCGCCGGUGCCGCCGUCCACCCCGAACCGCGACGCGUGGACGGACGGCCGCGCGCUCGUCGUCGACGGGAGGAAGUACGUCGUCCGCGUGAACGCGCCGCUCGUCGCCGGCGCGCGCGUCGCCGGGCUCAAACGGCCGGCCGCGUCCUAUCCGCUGACGGCGGUCGCGGACGGGUGCCGGUUCGUCCGCCCGGACGACCUCGCCUGGCGCUGGUUCAGAGACGACCGCGUCCUGGUGGGCGAGGGCUGGGCGUACACGCCCACGGACGAGGACGUCGGCGCGACGUUGCGCGUCGAGGCGACGGCGCCGAUCAGCGGCGUUCGCGUCGCGUCGCCGCCGUCGGGCAUCGUCGCGGCGGCGCCGGCUCGCCCCGCCGCGCGCGAGCGGCUCGCGUCGCUGGGGGAGCCGCGCGUCGACGGCGUGCGCGUCAUGACGUACAACGUCCUCGCGGACGCGUACUCGCACACGUGGUCGCAGCUGUAUCCGUACUUGUCCCCGGCGAACGCGGACGCGGAGGGACGGCUUCCGAAAGCGAUGGAGGACGUCCGACUCGCGCGGCCGGACGUCGUGUGCUUACAAGAGGUGGACGCGAAGUGGUACGACGCGUUCUGGGUCCCUCAGAUGCGCGUGGCGGGGUACGCCCCCGCCGGGACGCUGAGCGAGAAGACCGGGCUCACGCGCGAGGGCGUCGCGACGUUCGCGCGCGCGGAUCGAUGGCGCGUCGCGACGUCCGCCGUCGUGUCGUUGACGCGACCGGGGCCCUCCCCGGCGGAGUCCGCGACCGAGGCGUGGAUACGCACGCAGCCCGCGCUGGAAGAGGCGCUCGGGAAGGUGUCCACGGUGGGACAGAUCGCCGUCCUCGAGCCCGUGGCGGCGGGCGGCGCCGACGGCGGGCGGCGGCGACCCAUCGUCGUCGCCAACGCGCACUUAUUUUUUCACCCGGGCGCGACGCACCUCCGCGUGCUGCAAGCGCGAUGGCUCCUGCGCCACGCGGAGACGCUCCGGCGGGCGUGGGGUCGCGACUCCGGCGCGGGCGACGACGUCGGGCUGAUCGUCUGCGGCGACUUCAACGGCGAGGCGCACGACGGCGUCGUGAGAUACGUCGCGGACGGGACGCUGCGCGCGUCGCACUCGGACUGGGCGCUGGGGAGCGUGUUUCGAUGGGGCGGCACGAGCUCGCGGGCCGCGGCGAAGGCGCUCCUCGCCGUGACGACGGAGGGAGAGGCGAGGGAAGAAGACGAAGACGAAGACGCGAGGGAAGAAGACGAAGACGAAGACGCGGGCGACGCGGAGGAAGAAGAAAGCGAACGCGCGAGCUCGACGAGGGAGAUGAACGAGAGGCAGCAGAGACUCGGGCGGAUGACCGCGUGCUGGAGGCGCGUCGCGGACGCGCAACGCGGCAUCGCGCGCGCAUGCGACGCUGACGUGUCAGCUGACGUGGCAUCACCGACCAUCGCGCGCCUGGCCGUCGCGCAGGCGCACGCGCGCGCGGGGUGCACGUUCAAGACGUGCGAGGUCGUCGCCGCGUACACGCUGCGCGCGGACGCGAGGAUGACCCCCGGGACGUCGCUCGACGGGUUAGCCCUCGCGCCGUUUCCGAGGGCGUCGACGACGGAGGGAAAGGGAACGCCGCCGGAGUGGGCGCGCGGGGUCGACGACGCCCUCGACGCCGCCGGCGACGACGAAGGACGGCCGAGUCCCGACGCGCUCGAGGUCGCGCGCGCGGUCCUUCGAGAACUCCGCGCGCACGAGGAGGGACUGGCGCGCGCGUCGAGUUCCGCCGCGGAGGAGGAGGCGGCGGCGCUGUCGCGCUUGACCGCGGAACAGACCGCGACCGCGCGCGGGUGGCUCGCGCUGCCCAUCGGCGCGUGCUCCAUGCACCUGACGCAUCCGCUCUCGAUGACGUCCGCGUGCGGGUACGUCGAGUACACCAACUUCGUGAGAGGGUUCGUCGGGGCGUUGGACUGGGUCUUCGUCGACGGCGGCGAUGACGACGGCGGAAAAGGAAGACGCGGGGGGUUGCGCGCGACGAACGCGACGGCGGCGCCGCCGCUCGACGCGCUGACGGCGGAGACCGCGCUGCCGAACUCGGAGUUUCCCUCGGAUCACAUCCCGAUGGUCGCGGACUUGGAGUUCGCGAGCGAGUAGGUACCUUCGCAGCGCGCAUAUCUUAUAUAUAGCGAGACCGGUAGACCGGGUAGUUCCUC